UUUAGUAUGUAUUAAUGAAAUGCAUUAUUCAUUAGUUAAAAAAAAACUUACGAUAAUAUCUCGACCAUAUCAGAAACUGAAUUAUUGUGUUAUUACAAAGAACGAGCGAUCCUCAAAGUGACAAAAUGAAUUCUCAAAGUGUUCUGUGUAGUUUAUGUUUGGAUAAUUUAAAUGAUUCUAAGGACGUAUAUUCUAUAAUAAAAUGUGGUCACAUUUAUCAUAAAGAGUGCCUAAGAAAAAUUAUAUACAAAAGAACGUGCAGCAUUUGUCAUGUACAGUACGAUAAACGACAGUGUCGUAAAUUAAAUGCAUAUUCAGAAUCGAACGCCCAAAGAGAAGAUGGCUAUUAUCCUUGGGAAUAUAGUUGGAUAUAUUGUGAUUCCAAAACACUUAUGGAACCACAGGAAUUGUCUAAAACUUGCCUUAAACUGGGAACUGAUACCAAAAAUGAUGAUAUUUACGCAGCAAGAGUUUUUCUUGAUGGAAAGAUAUUACCAGCUUAUUAUGUAGCCGCCCGUAAGUGUGCCAUUACAACUUUUGGCGGUCAUGUGUAUCAGCUAAAAGAGGAUAUUGAUCUUCUGGAUAUUAGUGGAGAUGAUCUACGUUUAUAUAAAUGGCAACCAUUUGAAAACGAUCAGCUACCUGUAAAUGCAUUUGAUAUAACGCCGUGCUCUUUGGGUUUAUUGUCGAGUGAUGUUGAUGGACCAGAUAAUUUGGACGAGAAGCUUUUUAUUGUUCGUGGUGUAUACAAAGCUUUUGAAAACGAAGAGAUCGAAUUUAAUACUAAUGGCAAUGAGAUCUGCGAAGUUCUAGUAAGAUAUCCAUAAAAGCAGUACAUGUCACUGAAAU